GGUUUGGGACGCGACCGCGACCCGAAAGCCUAACGUUAUCGCCUAGGCUGCCACACGGGGCUGUAAAAUGUUUUGCGGUGAAACGAGACGGAUCCGUUUACGGUGACCGGUUUGUUUUUCUUCUUCGUUUUAUGCCAUUCGAAGCACGCGGGACGUAACCGUAGUCGCACGAGCGCAAUCAGAGGAUCCAUCCGCGCGAGAGCCCGUGAAGGAAAUUAGUAGCCAUGGAAACGUGGGGGACGGACGGACUCCGUGUAACCGGAAGCUCCCGGUCGCUAUAAACAAACCUAUGGACAGGUUGUCAGGUUACUGUGGACACGACAGAGCUAAAGAAACGGGUUUCUGGAUGUUUUCGAGAAGAAGGACCGAAGAUGACCGACAGAGCAGGUGGUAGUACCGCGGGGGACGAGUCCGGGAUUAUCCGCCGGAGGAGGAUGCAGAAGGAUCUGCCUUUGCCACGGAAGAGCAGCGGCUGUCGCACCAGUAACAGGAAGAGUCUAAUCCUGACCAGUACGUCCCCGACCCUGCCACGACCCCAUUCACCUCUACCUGGACACAUAGGAAGCAGUCCACUGGACAGUCCUCGUACCUUUUCACCCAGCGGCCCUGCACACUUCUCUUUCACCCCCUCUAGAAGGGCUGAUGGACGCCGCUGGUCUCUGGCUUCACUGCCGUCUUCUGGAUACGGCACCAACACUCCCAGCUCCACGUCAUCGAGCUCGUCCCAGGAGCGUCUGCACCAGCUGCCCUUCCAGCCCACCAUGGACGAGCUGCACUUCCUGUCCAAACACUUCGGCAGCACAGAGAGCAUGACGGACGACGACGGACGCAGGUCACCGCAUGUACGGCCCCGCUCGAGAAGCCUCAGUCCGGGUCGUUCACCAUCCUGCUAUGACAAUGAAAUCGUCAUGAUGAACCAUGUGUAUAAGGAGAGAUUCCCGAAGGCCACGGCUCAGAUGGAGGAGCGCAUGGCGGACUUCAUUCAGUCCUACACUCCGGAGAACGUGCUGCCGCUGGCCGACGGCGUCCUGAGCUUCAUCCACCACCAGAUCGCCGAGCUGUCCCGGGACUGCCUGACCAAAUCCAGGGAGGGCCUCAUCACCACCGUCUACUUCUACGAGCUGCAGGAGAACCUGGAGAAACUCCUGCAUGACGCGUAUGAGCGAUCUGAAAGUUCUGAGCUGACCUUCGUCAUCGAGCUGGUUAAAAAACUCCUCAUCAUAAUUUCUCGACCUGCAAGACUUCUGGAGUGUUUGGAAUUUAACCCAGAGGAGUUUUAUCACCUGCUGGAGGCAGCGGAGGAUCACGCCAAAGAAGGACAUCUGAUGAAGACGGACAUCCCGCGGUACAUCAUCAGCCAACUCGGCCUCACACGAGACCCGCUGGAGGAAAUGGUGAACCUGGACAGCUACGACAGCGAGGGGCCACACACACCUGAGACCGACGACUCAGCUGAGGGAAAGAUGAAGGUCAUGAAGCCACCCUGUGAAUCUGACUUUCAGACCAUCAAGCUGAUUAGCAACGGAGCGUAUGGGGCAGUGUAUCUGGUAAGGCACAGAGAUACUCGGCAGCGUUUCGCCAUGAAGAAAAUCAACAAGCAGAACCUGAUCCUGAGGAACCAGAUCCAACAGGCGUUUGUAGAGAGAGACAUCCUGACCUUCGCCGAGAACCCGUUCGUCGUCAGCAUGUUCUGCUCCUUUGAGACUCGCAGACACCUCUGCAUGGUCAUGGAGUAUGUGGAGGGAGGAGACUGUGCCACCCUGCUGAAAAACAUUGGCGCACUGCCAGUGGAAAUGGCACGAAUGUACUUCGCUGAGACUGUCCUGGCUCUGGAGUACAUCCACAACUAUGGCAUCGUGCACAGAGACCUUAAACCAGACAAUCUGCUGAUUACGUCUAUGGGACACAUUAAACUGACUGACUUCGGCCUCUCUAAGAUGGGUCUCAUGAGCCUCACCACAAACCUGUAUGAGGGCCACAUCGAGAAGGAUGCUCGUGAGUUCCUGGACAAACAGGUGUGUGGCACCCCAGAGUACAUCGCGCCGGAGGUGAUACUGCGGCAGGGCUAUGGGAAGCCCGUGGACUGGUGGGCCAUGGGAAUCAUCCUCUAUGAGUUCUUGGUAGGCUGUGUGCCAUUCUUCGGGGACACACCUGAGGAGCUGUUUGGCCAGGUGAUCUCAGACGACAUUGCCUGGCCCGAGGGAGAUGAAGCGUUGCCUAGCGACGCCCAGAACCUGAUUUCCACGUUGUUGCAGACCAACCCACUGGUGCGAUUAGGGACAGGAGGAGCGUAUGAGGUGAAGCAGCACUCGUUCUUCUACGAUCUGGACUGGAACAGUCUGCUGAGGCAGAAGGCGGAGUUCAUCCCUCAGCUAGAGUCUGAGGAGGACACCAGCUACUUUGACACCCGCUCGGAGCGUUAUCACCACGUCAACUCUUACGACGAGGACGACACGAACGACGACGAGCCGGUGGAGAUAAGGCAGUUCUCCUCUUGCUCUCCACGUUUCAGCAAGGUGUACAGCAGCAUGGAGCACCUGUCUCAGUUGGAGCAGAAAACACCGGCGGUGACCAGACGAGAGCAUAAGGGACGUCGCGAGGACAGAAUGGCAAAGAGAGAGAGCAUCGGCAGCUUUAGCAAGAGCUGGAGGACAAGCUCACCAGAGAUGAAACGCCUCUCGUGUUCUGAGUCUCUGUACACAGAGGGAGAUUCCAGUCCUCCUCUUGGUGCCAGGCGACGCUUUUCUGCACUGAUGGACUCGCACCGAUUUGCCUUGCCUCUAGAGGGCGAUGCAGAAACGCAGCCGCAACAAAGUGCGGCUAAAUCCACUGCACCCUCAUCACCCAGUGCUAGCGAACAGAGCACGUCUGUAAAGGAGGCGCCAGGAGUGAAUGUGGGAGAUAAGCCAGGCAGACCCACUGAGGUAUCAGCACCACAGCCAAUUCCAUCAGCGACAGCGGCAGCAGUCGCUGUUUUCCGGGAUGCUGUUGUCAUGGGCGACUCCCCCAGCCAACGGGCCACCAACGACCUGGUCCUAAGAAGAGCACGUCACCAGCAGCUCUCUGGAGAUAGCGAGAAAAGAACCACACGUCCCGGCAACAAGGUCAUCAAAUCUGCCUCAGCUACGGCGCUGUCUGUCAUUAUUCCAGCGGUUGAGCAGCAUUCUAGCUCUCCUCUGGCCAGCCCAAUGUCCCCUCGCUCUGUCUCGUCCAACCCGUCAUCACGAGAUUCGUCCCCAAGUCGAGACUACGGCCCUGCGGUUAGCGUACUCCGCUCGCCCAUCACUAUCCAGCGCUCAGGCAAAAAGUAUGGCUUCACGCUGCGUGCCAUCCGGGUCUACAUGGGGGACAGUGACGUCUACAGUGUACACCAUAUGAUCUGGCAUGUAGAAGAAGGCGGUCCAGCUCAGGAGGCAGGGAUGUGUGCUGGUGACCUCAUUACACAUGUCAACGGAGAAUCUGUGCAUGGAUUGGUGCAUACAGAAGUGGUGGAACUCAUUCUUAAGAGUGGUAAUAAGGUGACUGUGACCACCACUCCCUUUGAGAACACAUCGAUCAAAGUGGGUCCUGCUCGCAGGUCUAGUUACAAGUCCAAGAUGGCAAGACGCAGCAAAAGAACAGUCAAAGAGGGACAGGAAAGUAAGAAGCGAAGCUCUCUCUUCCGCCAGAUAACCAAGCAGUCCAAUCUUCUGCACACGAGCCGUAGCCUGUCAUCUUUAAACCGCUCCCUGUCCUCUAGUGAUAGUUUGCCAGGCUCUCCUACACACAGCCUGUCUGCCCGGUCACCCACUCAAAGCUACCGCUCUAGUCCAGACUCCUCAUUCCUAGGUGCGUCUUCUCAGAGCAGCUCUCCAGCCUCCAGCACACCAAAUUCUCCUGCAGCCUCCCAGCAUAUGCGCCCCAGCUCUCUCCAUGGCCUGUCACCUAAACUGCACCGUCAGUACCGCUCAGCCCGUUGCAAAUCAGCUGGCAACAUCCCUCUGUCCCCGCUUGCGCAUACGCCAUCCCCUACUCAGUCUUCACCACCGUCCUUGUCGGGUCACACAGUGGGAAGUUCUAAUAUGACCCAGAGCUUUUCUGUCAAGCUUCAUUCAUCUCCACCUAUUACAAGGCCCAGGCCAAAGAGUGCUGAACCACCCCGGUCUCCACUUCUCAAGAGGGUGCAGUCAGCAGAGAAGCUAGGGUCACCUUUAUCUUCUUCGACUUCCUCAGACAAGAAAGGUGGAAUCGGGGCUAUGAGGAAGCAUAGUCUGGAGGUUGGCCAUUCAGAUUAUCGUAAGGAGGGCUUCCACUGUGAGCUUGGUCUCCAAAGCUUGUUGGAAACAGAAGGGGAGAAUCUGGCCUCAACUUCUGCAACAACCCCAUCCCCUACCCAGCCUACAGUUCCGUCUCCAAUGGAAACAGGUGUUUUUAAGCCGGUAAGGAAGCUGGGCAGGCAGGAAUCCCCACUGAGUAGAGAUGCUUUGCUAGCUGGAAGAGUGAAAGAAAAGGACAAUGGCAGGGUGAAGUCUGGUGAUUUAACCCAGGGAAGUGACAGUAAACUGGCAAUAGUCCUAGAGAAGUCACCCCCUGCCGCAGAGGCUCAGCAGCAUAUCAUGAGCAUGAAAGUCCCAGAUGAUAAGUCAAGUCACAUAAGAUCUCCAGUUGUUGAUGUGUCUCAACAUUCACCAUCCAAACCAAGAGAUGCUAGCACAGCCAAACUUGAAGCUAGUCAGCCUGUUGUGACCAAACCUUCACCUGUUGCACCAGAGUCUAAAUUUAGCGUAACUCCUUUAAUUCCAUCACCUCUGACUACUGCUGUUCUAAAAACCACAGAGCUUACCUUCUCCAGUUUAGGUGCAUUAGGUAUGAGUCAGAUUUGUGAGAAAAAAUCCCCCAGCAAGAAUGUCCAUUCACAGACACCAGGGACUGCUAAAGCUCACCAGGCUUCCAUCAGUGUUGUCAAGGACUUGCAAGGAAAAGUGGCUGAAAAGAAAACAGAAAUGAAAGAAAUGAAACAAGAUACAGGAAAGAAUAUCAGCCCUGUUAAAUCUGGUGUAACAUGCAGUGCACCUGUAAAGGCAACUCCACUCCCUGUAAAAGUGUCAGUCCAAGCCACAACCACAGAAGUAUCCAGAGUUGUCAAAGGACCAUCAGAUGGAGACAUUCUUAAAAAGUCAGGUGCAGAGACUCAUGGUAGGACUCCAGAUAUGAGGGUAAGACCUGGAUUACCUCCAUCCAAGGGGGUUGUUCCACCCUUUCCACCUCAGGUCCAGUCUCCUGCUCUGGGCAAGCUACGGCCGGACAAGGGCCUUUCACCAGUCAACUGUUACCGAGGCACAUUGGACUGGGAAGACAAGUGUCUCUUGGAAGUUGUUGAGGAGCAUUCUCCUUCUCCUACACCGUCCCCUACUGCAGCUUCUCCUAGCCUGUCAAAAUCACCUCUCCAACCCGUUGUUACUCAAUCCUUGUCUCUCAGUGACAAAAGUGGCUCGGCUAGCGUGUCUAAAACUGGAAAAGAACCAGCCAAAGGGUUAAUCCAGGAGGUUGCAAAGGGCAAGGAGGCUGUUAAAUCAGAGGAAACUAAGGUUAUUGCACAGGGAAAGACUGAGGUUUCAGGUAGCCCAGAUUUAAAAGUAGCAACACUGAGCCCUACCGGCACAAUACCACAGAAAAAGAAUGAGAGCACGAAGAAUGGCUUGUGACAUUUCAGCACAGCCUGCCUUUGCCUUUAUUAGAGAUUUAGCACUCGGAGACAAGAGAAAAGAAUUGUGAUAAGGUCAUUCUAAUACUGGUUUUAUUUAUUGUACAAAAAAGGUUACUAGAUGUAUUACAGGUAUAUGCAGAGAAUGAUUGCACACAUGCCUGUAGUUAAAAAGAAAGCGCAAAGUGGUUUAACAGAUCAAACAAUGCUGAAACUGUGAAUGCCAAUUCAUUGCUUAAGCAAAAUGGUUGCAAAAUGGUUUCUUCCUAAGACGUUCUCAUGAGUUUGAUUCCUCUGUGUUUGAUUAGCAUGCCUGUCCUGUGAUUAUGCAGCUAGCGCUCAAACUGCGCUUAUUUCUAUGCUAUGUAGGUGGAGGGAUAAGUAGGACCAAAAUAAGCAAAAAAAUAAAACCCUGAGAGAUUUAAUUUUCUGUAAGCCCAUAGACCAAUGGAAGAUUUUAAAGGGCAAAAGCCUUAAAUUAAGAUGGUUUUGAAUUAUCCUGCACUGCAUGGGUGAGCGUAGCCUUCUUAUCAGGUGCCAACAGGAGGCCUAGCACAGUAGCCAAGUGACUGCUUCCUGUCGCAGCUUAGACAGCCCGGAUAUAACCGCUGAGGUGGGCUUUGUGUCCGCUCCAUUAAACAGGUGCCUUUCUGCUGGAUUGGCCAAGAUGAGUUUAUGAGGGCUGUCAAGGUGGAUCAUGGAAAGGUAUUAGUGAAAAAGCAACGUUUUGCACAUGCUGCUGGGUUUAAAUGUAUUGAGCAGAGCGGACAGUGUGGCGGGUCAAACUGGCUGAAGUUUAAAAUACAUGAUUUAUUUUGCUCAUGCUGAAAUACUUGACGUAUUGCAACACAUUUCAAUUAUAUUGUGGAAAUCAUUCAGAAAAAAAAAAUCAGCUUGUAGUUCCAAACCCAAAUCCCGGUAUAUGAGUUUAACUCUAUUAUCACAUUUAAUCUUUUGAUUAACAUUUAGGACGUAUCCUGACUUCUCCAAUAUAGAAUAUCAUCAUCAGUAAAAAGAAAAAGAAAAUAAAAGUUGGUACUUGGUAAAACGUGAAGAAAUAGUACGUUGUUCAGUGUCUAGAGCCAUGAUGUAUAGAGCUAUGAUGAUAAUGUUCGGGUGUUAAAUACAGUAGAUCAUCGCAGUAGAUCUAGCAGUGUAGAUUCCCUCUGGGUCUGUUUUCGUAUUGUGUGGUCUUAGUAAAGUGAGGCCUAAACACCAACACUUUUAGUUUAUAACAUUUUUUUUUUUCAUUAAACGUAUCGUUUACCUCAUUACUGUGGUGAAUAUUUAUGAAUAAGCAGUUAUUUAAAAAAAAAAAAAAAAAAACUUUACAUGUGCAAAAUCAGAGAGUAACAGUGUAAAUAGAAAUGUGCUGACAUCUGGUGGCUAAAUAGCACCAUGACCUUAUUUCUGUACUCGGGUGACCUCUGCCGCCUGCGAGAUGAACUGCAAGUGCAAUGAAAACACUGAGAAGUUUGACUGACUGCAUCCCCUCAAGUCAACAUUAACUGCUCUGGUGUAAUUCAGUACAUCUGCCUCAUGGGUUUGCAAAGAGAUGGGGCUAAAGAAAACGAACAACACAAAACUAGAAGCUUGACAUAAAGAGACUAGCGAUAUCAGUUGUUAAUGACGGUUUUAGUAACGUCUUUGAAAUUGUUUGUUCGUAACAAUUCCAUAAAAAUUCCACGUGGAAAAGUGACAAAGUGCAGCUUUAAGGUAGAUGACGUACAUUAGGAAUCAUUACUAUCAGUUUGCUAAUAGUAUUGGCUUGUUGUGUUUUACGGAGACGCGUAUUGAUUUUAACGGUUGAAGUCCAAGAGCCUCUGUGUGUUUUGUGUAUCCUGUCAGGUCAGGAAUGCAAAUCAAUAGUCUGCUCUUUCCAUCCUCGCAAUCCUGCUUGUUCCUAGUGAAGUUGAUUACCGAAGCUAAAUUUUUAGCUGAGUGACAUCUGUAUGUUGUGUAAUAAUACACUCGCUGGUUUUUAAACUAUUUUCUCACCACUCUGUGCAGCAUGCUUCGGUCUACAUUCGUACCAGUAUACGACAGAGUGCAAAGCGCACCGUCUCGCUUGUAAAACAGGACCUUAGUUUGGAUGUCAUACAGCAUCUUGGUGAUCUGGAACACUGUAACAUCUGAGUAAAGUGGAGCUGGUGUACCCCAAAUAUUCGUUUUGUCACUUUAGCUCUGUGGGGAAUGUAGCUGAGGUGUAAUGGAAGCCGUCGUCUUUUUCGUUUACAUUUACAUUGUUUAGAAAUGUCCAGAACGACAUACAGAAAACAUAUCCUCACGCUAGGUCAAUAGAUCAAGGGUCUAUGAAUAGUUCCAAGUUAAAACCCCAGAGAGAGGAAGAGAGAGAGGAAGUUAGUACGACAGGAAAACAAUUUAGGCCGCUUGGUCACAUCACGGUUCCAUAGUUUCUUAGCAUGUUCUUUCUUCCUGUGUGAUAUUGUCCGUUUCCUCUGGGUUUAGCUGGUUUCCUCCCAGUAAUAUGGCACUAUAUUGAUUUGGCUGCAGUGCAUUUCCCAUGUGAACCUGUGUGUGCAUGAUGCUCUACGAUGAACUGGUAGCCCAUUCAGGGUACAUUCUCACUUUACUCCUGCUGUUCAUAGAGUGAGUCCAGCAGGGUGUUCAACACAGCACCGGGCUACUUAUUUUGCUAAUCGAACAUUCCUGGUCCUGAGAGUUCUCCUCCUCAGCAUACCUUCAACCAUGGUGGCCAUAAAGCCACCAUAACGUACCAGUGUUCAGCUGCUCCUUCUGUGUGAAGUCUGUAUGACAUCAUGCCGGGAUUGAGGCAGGAAUUAGCACACGAUCAAGCAAACACUGGACAACCAAAACUUUCUGAUAACUAGAGCAGAACCUUGAGGGAUGCCAUUACACUGUAUGUGUAUUAAAGGUAAAUCUAAACAAAGCCUUAUAAUCAUAUCCACAUUUUUCAGUUUUAAAUCCAGUCCAUUGAUCAACAGCAUUAUGCAUUCAAAGCUUUUUUUUUAAAAACAAAUUGCAUGGCGCUAAUUGACACAGCGUGAUGUAACCGGAUAUCAGAAACAUGAGUAUUUCUGACUUAUUUGCUGUAACAACAACGUAGGUGAAGGAUUUCAGCUUGGUUUUCUAACCACACGUUGGAACUGAUUCCAGGUCAUGAGACUCUCGUAACAGCUGGACCUGAUACUCAUGACACAUACAAAAAUAAAUAAAUAAAAAAAUCACACUUAUUGACUGUUGUCAAUUUUAUCACGUGACUGUUAUAGUAUAUCAAAUCAUGAAGUUAAAAAAAAACAUUUUGUAUUAUUUUCUGUUCCACUUUAUAGCCUAGUUUCUUAUUCCUGAUGUAAAAUGAUGGAUUUGAUGAAUUGCCUCCUGGCUCAUUCCAAGUCAACCCUCUUGACUCCUGAAGCAUCAUCAGUUCCUGUGCAUCAUUUGUGAUUUCUUUCUGAAUGUGUUUAUUUAUUUAUUUACUUGUUUUUACGAUUCUGUGAUCUACCAGAAUGCACUUUAUUUGAUGGAUCUUCUUUUACACAGACGUAUAAAAUGUACUGUAUUCGUUUACCACCAAGAGAAAUGUACACCCAAAUGCAGAUAUUCUCUGUUUAACAUGAACGUUUUAGAGAGAAAAAUAAAGGAACAAUCGUUUAUUAU